UUUAAGAAAAACUUAUAAAAAAAUAAUCAUGGUGAAACUAACAGCCGAUCUCAUUGAACAAUCGCCACAAUAUACAAACCCACUGCGUGAUCGUGAGAUUGAUUUGCGGGGAUAUAAAAUAUCUGUGAUUGAGAAUCUUGGUGCGACUUUGGAUCAGUUUGACUGCAUUGAUUUCUCUGAUAACGAUAUCAAAAAACUGGAAGGGUUUCCACUGUUGAAACGAUUGAAAAUGAUUCUGUUGAACAACAAUCGAGUAUGCCGGUUUGAGGAGCAUCUAGAAGAAUGUCUGCCGCAAUUAGAAACACUGGUUUUAACUAACAACAAUGUCCAGGAGUUGGCUGAUGUUGAUCCUUUGGCGUCCGUAAAGUCUCUCAGCAACAUUUGUUUUCUACGCAAUCCAGUGGCCAACAAACCGAAUUAUCGAUACUAUCUCAUCUAUAAACUUCCACAAGUGCGAGUCAUUGACUUUCAACGUGUUCGUAUGAAGGAGAGAGCAGCAGCAAAGAAAUUAUUCAGUGGUGCGAAGGGUGAAAUGUUGAAGAAAGAUAUCGCUGCUAAGAGAAAUAAAACAUUUGAAGUAAAAGAUAUUGUCACUGCAAAUGCCGAGGAUGAGAAAUUUCUCGCUGAAAAGUAUAAAGAUCAAGAAGCUAUCAAAGCAGCCAUCGGUAACGCGUCUACUCUUGAAGAAGUUCGGAAAUUGGAAUUAUUGUUGCAACAAGGACACAUACCUGGCAAGACGGUUAAUGGCCACACUGAAGACGAUAUAACUGAGGUGGAAAUGGAAGAGGACUAAGACGAAUUUGUUUUGCGCAGUGUGGCCACUUGUGUACAUAAUUCUGUCAUCCCGAAAAAGUCUUACAAGCGAUAAAUUUUUCGAAAAAACCGACGAGUAAAAAGGAUUUUAAACAGUGCAUGCUAUGUAACUAUUGUUUUGUUAUGUAUAUGGACGGUAUAUAAUGCGAAUGUAUCUGAUGUUAUCAUACAGAAAUUCAACUCAGCUUGA